AUGACGGAGCCUCUGGAACCCUCGGAGCUCGAGAAAAGGCUCGCUGAUUUGAAUAAAAAAAUCUUGGAAAUCAAGAAAAGAAUUCAACUGUCCGAGGGCCAGAGGAAAGCAAACUUUGAGCAAUGCGACACCAAGAAGCAGGGCAAUGUAGAGAAGAUCGUCACUCUGAAGAAGGAGAUCAAGGACCUACUGGCGGAAUAUACGAGUGCAAAAAACAACGACGAAACUGCAGAGCGAAUAAAUCAGGCGAGUCGCGAAUCCUCUGCGCAGUUGAGAAAGCGGAAAUACGAGGAAGCUAUACAGACUGUAGAUGAAGACAAUAUUCGCCUCCGAAAGAAACUGGAUUUAGUCAGAUACAAGAGUGAUAAGCAAAAAUGUAAGUUGGCGAAUUUACUAAGGGAAUACGAGGAAUUGAUGACCGGGACUCUACAGAGAAUAGCUGAGAAGAAACUAGAUGAACCGAUGAAAAAGAAAACCAUUAGCUUGGAAAAUCAUCUGCACAGAAUGAACGUAAUGCAGAUGGAGGCGGAUACCGUUCGAAAAAAAUACAGAUCCGUGAGAUCCAGCCUCAAAGCGGAUGCUGCAUUCUUCGCGUCAUCCUUGACAAAUUUGGACGAGAACAUUAAGGAUCAGGAGAAUGAGAUUAAGAGAUUAAAAGCUGUGAAGGAGGAGGCCAUACAGUUAAGAGACGCCACAUUGGAGACUCUGACGAAUGAAGAAAUCGAGGCUGUGAAUACUAGCAAGGAACGGGAAUGCAUAAUUCAGGAUUUCAGACAGCGCGUAGAGGAGCGAAAAAUGCAAUUAGAGCAGUUGGAGAGGAUGAUAUUUCCAAUAACACCUGCCCCACAAAAGGACUUAGCUGUCGGAGAGCAUAAAGAGGAUGCAGAUGACAGUCACAUAGAUAAAGAGAAGGAGGAGUUGGAUCGUCUUGAAGAAAUUUUCGCCAAAUUGAGAAAUGCCACAGGGGUAACUAGAACAGAAGAUCUUUUAAAUCGAUUUCUAGGACAGCGGGUUACUAGAGAGAGUUUGCAAAAGAUGAAGCUAACUACAGAGGACGAGAAAAUGAAUCUGGAGAAGACAAAGCAGCAACUCACCGCUGAAAUUGAGAUGCAGAAGUUCUCGGAAGCGAAGGAAGCUGAACAAAAUGCUGAAGAAGUCGAGAAGAUAAAUCAGUUGAUUCGCGAGCAGCGCUUUCGUCAAGAAAAGGCUACCAUUGAGAAACAACGAAUUCAAGAACUAGUGAAUUUUAUAGUUCGGGAACUCUGGAAAUUCUGCGAUCUCUUACGAGAUUCUGGCGAUUCUCUGGUACCGGACGGCUCAACUGAUAUUUCUAAGCCACUACAGAUUCUGGAACUGCUGGAGGAUAAAAUGAACAGUGCUAUCGGGGAAUUGGGAGGAUGGGAUAAAUACAUAGAACUAUUGGUUGAUGCCGUGAUCGAAAAGCUAGAUACAACGUCCAUUGAAACGGAAUCCGCUGACGAAAAGGUCACACGGGUAGAAGAACCACGGCUAUUUCGGAAAUUCCCGACGAUGACGGUGGCCUCGACGCAACCAGCACCGCCAUCCGAGGACGAGGAAGAAGUUCCCUCGAGGCAGGCAGUCAAGAGACAAGCACAGUUGCUGAUAGACACUAAGAAGAAUCGCCGAAAGGGUUUCCAUGUCAGAAGAUAGGCCCCCUGGUGCGAUUAAACACGUGUCUCCCUUUUACGAUUGCCGUUAAUCGUCUUUUUAAUACUAACCGGGAACGAAAAAUGUGUCGUAAAACAAUUUAAUUACAAUGUGUUUAUUACGCGCAUUCCGUUAAUUUAAAAGCAGUCACCGAAUGAUGCAGCUUAAAAUUACAUACACUUUAUUUUUCACAUUUGCAAUUUUACUGCAUUCGUAAACGCUAUAACGAAACCAAAGAAAAUAUUUUUAUUGGAUGAA